AUGGUGAUGGCCAAGGCGGUUGAUGAGCUGGCAAGAAAGACACCUGGCAAAAAGUCUCAUGCGAUAGAAGCUUUUUCGCGUGCACUUCUUGCGAUUCCUACAACUAUUGCUGAUAAUGCUGGUUUGGAUAGUGCUGAGUUGAUUGCUAGGCUUCGUGCUGAGCAUCAUAAAAAGGAGAGUAAUGCUGGGAUUGAUGUGAUUACGGGUUCUGUUGGAGAUAUGGCGGAGUUGGGGAUAUCGGAGGCGUUUAAGGUGAAGCAGGGUGUGUUGUUGUCUGCAACAGAAGCUGCUGAAAUGAUUCUGAGAGUUGAUGAAAUCAUCACUUGUGCACCGAGGAGGAGAGAAGAUAGAAUUUAUUACUCGGCAGGUACUGAAUUGGAUGUGAAAAUGGCACAUCUACUUUCCGCUUCUUGCCCACUGAACAUCUCCUGCUCCAAAACAACCCCUAAAUCAUUGAAACAAAGCUCAUCAUCAUUCCCCACUUCACUCACUCUACGCACUUCAAUCCAACCAUUCAAAACCCUUUCAUUAAACAAAAACAACACAAAGAAACUUUUCUCUGUACGUGCAACCACUCUCCAACAACCCGGAACAAAACCAGGCUCCACCUCCAGCCAAACCUCCGGCGAACAACCAAGGCCAACCCGUGUGAUGGUCAUUGGCGGUGAUGGUUACUGUGGGUGGGCCACUUCCCUCCAUUUAUCCAACAAAAAUUACGAAGUUGCCAUUGUUGACAACCUUGUUCGCCGCCAUUUUGAUGAUCAACUCGGGCUCGAUUCACUCACACCCAUUUCAUCAAUCCAUGAUCGUAUCAGAAGGUGGAGAUCCCUCACUCAAAAAGACAUAAACCUCUACAUUGGUGAUGUAUGCGACUUCGAAUUCUUAUCAGAAGCUUUCACAUCUUUCAAACCUGAUGCAGUCGUCCAUUUUGGUGAGCAAAGAUCCGCACCUUACUCCAUGAUUGACAGGUCACGAGCUCUCUACACCCAACAAAACAACGUCCUCGGUACCCUCAACGUCUUAUUUGCUAUCAAAGAAUUCUCUGAAGAUUGCCAUCUUGUGAAACUCGGGACAAUGGGAGAAUAUGGAACACCAAAUAUCGACAUCGAAGAAGGGUAUAUCACCAUAACACACAACGGAAGAACAGACACUUUACCUUACCCAAAACAAGCAAGCUCUUUUUACCAUUUGAGUAAAGUACACGAUUCAAACAAUAUCGCGUUUACAUGUAAAGCUUGGGGGAUCCGAGCCACUGAUUUGAAUCAAGGAGUCGUUUAUGGUGUUAGAACAGAUGAAACCGAGAUGCAUGAAGAACUCUACAACCGAUUCGAUUACGAUGGUAUCUUUGGAACAGCCUUGAAUCGAUUUUGUGUUCAAGCAGCAGUGGGCCAUCCCCUUACUGUUUAUGGCAAAGGAGGGCAGACUCGGGGGUAUCUAGACAUUAGAGAUACAGUGCAAUGUGUGGAGCUUGCGAUUUCAAAUCCAGCAAAACGCGGUGAAUUUCGGGUAUUUAAUCAAUUCACAGAGCAGUUUUCAGUGAAUCAACUUGCAUCGCUUGUUACAAAAGCGGGAGAGAAGCUUGGAAUUGAAGUGCAAACGAUAUCUGUGCCUAACCCUAGAGUUGAAGCAGAGGAACAUUACUACAAUGCUAAGCAUACAAAACUCAUUGAGUUGGGACUCGAACCGCAUCUACUGUCUGACUCACUUCUUGACUCGCUCCUCAAUUUUGCUGUUCAGUUUAAAGACCGAGUUGACACGAAACAGAUCAUGCCGAGUGUUUCUUGGAGAAAGAUUGGGGCCAAGCCAAAAACUGUAUCUGCUUAAUAUUGUUGUGUACUUGGUGAGUUACUUUGGGAACUCGACUCAGAACUGGACGAUGUUAAAAUAUGAGAUUAUGGUUUUUAAAGUUUGUUAAUGUGAUGCUAAAAAUGAUGCAGAAACUUGAAAACUAAUGCUUACGUGGGAGGUUUUUUUUUUUAGUGUUUUUGAUCUUAAGUUGAUCAGGGCUUUAGAUCUUAAUACAAGGCGUUGAAGAUAGUCUCAAGUCAAGUCAUGAGUGGAGUUGAAUGUUUUUCAUAUAUUUUGUUAAGUAGAGGUUUUGACUCUAAAAAUAAGACAAUUUCAAAAGGAAAUAAACUAUAAGCGUUCAAUUCGGUUAAUUACUUUUUUUUUAAAUAAUAAACUACUCCAAAUUCUGUGAUUAGAAUUAUUAGCGAGACAUCCUAGGGUUUUGCUUAUUGACAUGUCGAACUUGUGAAAACAAUGCUUUUGGAACUAAUGAUAUGAUGUGUAGGUUAUAAAUGUGGAAAAAAUAGGGUGACAUUUUGGGAAAGAUUGUAAAAUGAUGUCAAAAACUAUUUUUAUGAUUAAAUAUAAUGAG